AUGGUCACUUCCUAUUGGCCGUAAGCAGCGGGGACCCGUCAAUGCCUAUUCAGUGUUACACAGUUUCCGUUAAGAAAGAAGACGAGAAGUGCACAAUUAAGAGUCAGUCUCUUCUUAGUUUUUUCCUAAUUGAAGCUCCCAAGGAAACGCUGAUGGAUCAACUUGUCAAAGAGAAGCGAAGCUCAGUUAGUCACAUCAAGUGGAUAAUGAGGGAGGAUGCCGAUUCGCUGGUUGUUACAGCCAGUAGCCCUAAAAUGAGUUGUAUUCAGGUGUGGGAGCUCAGAGAAAAGGCUUUGCCUGUACAUAAAUCUCUGGGAAAUUCUGAGACUCCUCAGUUCUUCAACAGAGUU